AUGAUUCGGAGCUGGGGGAACGAUAGACCAUCUGUACCGUCUGCUGUUUUACUGCCUCAAGCAAAUAUUGAAUCUAUCGAAUAUCCAGUUGAAUCACAAGCAGCCGUUCAAUUUUUUGCUAUUCGAGAAUUUGAAGAAAAAUUUCAAAAUUAUUUAAAAGAGAUCUUUAAUACUGAAAACAAAAUUGAGAAACAAUUUGUAUCAGAUAAAUGUAAAAUAAUAAUUAAAAUAAGAGAUGGUGCCGAUGAUGUCGCUUCAGCGAGAUUCGUGAUGAAUGAUUUAUCCUCAGCGUUAAAGUUCAGAAGAUUUGAUGAACCAACUAUCAGAAAAAUACCUGUCUGA